UCGGAGACAUUCAUUUUGGAGGAGCAGACCAAGAGAUAGCGGAAUCACAAUGAAGACAGCUUUUGUUCUUAUCCUGAUCUUGCUAACCAAUUUUAUAGCUGCCUCACCAAUACUGCCGGAAAAACAAGCUAAACAGAUUUUGAGAACCCGCCGUGAAGAUAAAUCAAGAAAACCUGGCUUCCCAGAUGAACCAUUUAGGGAGUACAUGUUGUACCUGCAACGCUUAGAGCAGAGAUCUGAAGAGCAGUUCCUGGAGCACUGGCUGAAUCCGCACUGCUACCCACAUUGUGACAGGAAUUUAGUGUAUCCUGUAUAAAGCACUUGGUUUUUUCUCUCAGUUGAGAUCACCCUUCUGUGUUCACAAAGAAGAAGGAAAAGACUACAUGAAAUGGAACAAGCUUCAUCGAGCACUUGCUGCGCACAUAAUUAAAGCAACCAAGCUUUGAGUUUUGAGAUUACUCUGCAAUUUUAGCAAUCUAUCUGAACUUCCUUUGUUGCAAUGAGCAUUGUGAAAAGCUUCAUUCUGUUAAAUAUCAUUGGCGUAGAUUCUAGAAAUCUGCCCCCACCCCACUCAUUUGCGAACUAUAGAGCUGGGCUCUCUAGGGCAGAAAGAAGUGAGUGUCUACCCCUCAAGUGUGGGAACAUCAAAAACAGCUUAAAAGUUUAGAAGCAAGACAAAUAUGUCCAGGGCUUCAAAUGAUCAGAGGAAAGGCCUUCUCUACCCUCUCCAGUUCCACAGCCCUGCUGUGCCACCAUCCACCCCUCUUUUCAUCCCUUGUUCAUACAAAUCUGCUACAUAUAUAACCAUGUCUUAUGUUGGUUUACUUAGAACUAAAUCCAAUUGGAUUGGAUUCUGCCCAAAAUUAAUGCAUGAGCAGAGGGUCUGUUGACUUUUGCUAAUCCCCCCUUUCACAGCAGACCACCAACCCCCCCAACUAUUCCUGGGGGUCUCCCAUCCUCCAGGGGCAGCAUUUUGGGCUGCAAUGGGAAGGGGGAGAAGGGAAAGUUGUGUUUCCAUAGGUGAAAAUCCUUCUAUCUGUAGAAAUUGCAGACAGGAUCCAAGCUAUUGUGUUUAAUAAUGUUACUCCUACACAUGAAUAGGAUUGUGUGUGACUAUAAUGACCAUUGCCUCCUUCCUUCCUUUCUACCUAGGGUCCAAGAAUUAAAGGGGGGGGUGCAUUUUUCCAGGGUCUGGCAGGAGAGAAUAGGUAUA